UUUAAAUCUGAAUGUGUGACCAUGGUAGCUCUUGACAUAGACAUAUUAAUUUUAAGAAAUGUAGAAAGUGAUAUAGAGCUGAUGUCUCCGAUUUAUGGCCCAGUCGAAGUAUUUGUUGGUUUUAGAUUUUGACCAAACUAUAGUUCAUAGUGAUACCUACACAAAGGUCGCCGAGAUGGUCUCCCCUGCAGCGCUGCAAUGUCUAAAGGAAGUUUUAGAGCAACAAGGCUGGCCUGUGUACAUGCGAAACGUAUUCGCCGUUCUAAAGGAUCAAGGUGUUUCUGUGGAUGAAAUUAAAGCCAUGGUGCAAGAUCUCCCUUUAACGGACAAAAUGUUAGAACUACUUGUGUUUUUGCGUGAACACCCAAACAUCUUCGACGUAAUAAUUCUGUCGGACGCUAACACCUGCUUUAUCGAAUGGGUUCUCUCGAAACACGGACGCAGCGAUACGGUGCGGAAGGUGUUUGCCAAUCCUGCAAGGCUGGCGAAUUUGACAGUCCAGCUGGAAGACUAUCACCACCAGAUGGUGUGCCCGACGUGUCCAGUAAAUAUGUGCAAAAGGAUCGUUCUGAAAACGUUUUUAGAAGAAAAUCGAAAAUAUACUGCUUGUGUUCUCGUUGGAGAUGGUGUGCCAGAUCUCUGUCCAGCAUUACUGCUCAGUAAGGAUGAUCUACUACUGGCGCGAAAAGGUUAUCCACUUGAGCUCGCGGCUGUAACGUGUAAUAAUCUCGCUGCUCAAGUAGUUUUAUGGACAAAUGGCCAAGAGAUUGUUCACGUUCUACAGAGACUGCAGUUACACCAAUAGUGCAGGAGUGAAAAGGUCAUAUGAAAAAUUAAGCUCCAUCUUUGUUAGUGUCUUUCAGAGUGCAAAACAACAAUUGCAAGCAGAUUGUAAAUCUAUGACAAAAAUACACACUGAUACAUAA